CAUCAAUCAGCUUUUUACAUCGUCAAUCGUCCACUUCACAACAAUUGAAAUUUUUACAUCUCAAGAAAUUGACAAUAAUUUUUCCGAUGAAAAUUUUUUAUCCAAUCAUCCUAAAAAAAGACGCCGUAAUUGAUCUUUCAAAUCCAGCCUUCGUUGGCGAUAAUAAUUCAUUUAUUGAAAAUCAGAACAUG